AUGAAAGCAUCUUGGAGCAGACUUCACUUGGGUUCCGUUGGCAUUAUAGCAAUGUUGUUAUACUUCAUUGAUUUAUCUAUAGCUUCUCUAGACGGUUACGUCCCCGGCGAAGACUACCCAGCCUUCGAGGAGGUGCCCAAAGGCCUCGCAUUCACUUGUGAUGAUAAAAUACCUGGAUAUUAUGCUGAUCCAGAAACACAGUGCCAGGUAUGGCACUGGUGCGUCCCAACCAUUGGUGGAAACAUUCAGUACUCGUUCCUUUGCAACGCCGGCACAGUCUUCAACCAAAGAACGAGAGUUUGUGACUGGUUCUUUAAUGUGGAUUGCCCCAAUGCCCCAGCAUUCUACGCGAUCAAUGAGGACCUGUACAAAGACGAAGCUGGCAACUUUAUCGCAGGAAAAAAGUAG